AUGGUCGACGAAAAAAGGGCCAGUAUGGGUGCCCAGCUGCCCAAUGCUCGUAUCUUUGUGGGAGAGUCUACAGGACGCAUCAAGGCACUGUAUACCCGAAGCAAUUCGUACGAAGAGAUCAAAGUGUCUGGCUCGAAAUACGGCCCAGGCAUGGCAUGCCAGGCGCUAGUGUGCAAAAGGAUGCCGUGGGACGAACCACGUUGUGUGAUGGCCGUCGCACGUAAGAAUUCUACGAUUGAUUUGAUAGCUGCGCCCCGCGUUGGUGGCGACGACGAUAAAACAGGCACGCUGCUGUGCACCAUCAAAGAGACACGUAUGCGUGUCGGCGUAGAACGAUGGGUCGGCUUGGCAUGGACAGAGACGGGCCUCUUCUCGUGUACAUCCGGUGGCUUCUUCCGCUACGUACCGCUUCUGUCCUAUCAAAGUAUGGACGAAUUGGCAGCCGCUUCCACGGAGGAACUGGAAGAACGUGCUUGUACGUGGUCUGUAGCGAGUCCGCUGCACCAUGUAGCAUUUUACCCCCCGUCAUCCACCUCCCCCACGCAUUUUGUGUAUGGUGGUGAGCAAGUCUUGUUGUCGGUAUGGGAUAUUUCAAGCACCCUCGCGCAUUACACAGGGCAGACGACGUUGGCCAACACAGAAGAAAAAGGGGAGGAGACUGUACAGACAGGAAAGAAGCGAGCGUCGUCCUCCAAGGGCGGUAAGCAACGUGAACUGCUCCCUGGCGAAGUGUGGCGUGCGAAAAAUCUGCCCAACGACCAUCUAUCGCUAGCGCGGCCACCUCUAAUUCACGCCAUUGGCUUCCUGCCGCCGUCGACCGAGGAGCCCGCUUCCUGGGACACGAUGCAUGUGGUCGUAGGCACCAAGGACGGAAUCUUGCGGACCUAUCAGCCCAGCAAGAAACCGCGGCAUACCCACGAGUGGCAAGUCCUCCCCAAAAACCAAGGAUCGGUGCGUGUCUUGCAUGUGAGUGAAUGUGAGAAGGCCAUCUUCGUUGGCGAUACAGCGCGGCACCUGUCCAUGGUAGAUGCAAGUACAGGUCGUGUCCUGUUCCAAUACAAGGACAUUACCGGCACACUAACGGAUGUCUUGACCAUCCAACCACAAGGCGCUGCUUCUCCGUUGGUCGUCGGUGCUUCGUUGGACCAUCUCAUUCGCAUCUUUGAUACGGGCGAAGCCUACGGCAAGGGACAAAGGCGUCGUGGCACGAUGUUGCAGCAGUGUUUCACCGGUGUGGAACACGGCAUGGCGCUCUUGGACAAGAUGAAAUCCACAGAUUCCGACUUGCGAUAUAUGGCACUGAACGAUUUGGUGUCAACGCUAUCGCAGACUUAUGCAUACCACCCGUUGGACGAAAAGACAGAGCCAGCGGUCGUAGCACAGACCCUGGCAUUGCUAGGCGAUACGAAUUCGGAGGUGAAGAACAUGGCUGUGACGACACUCGGCACAUGUACACUGAAGGUUCGGCCUACGAGCUUUGCUGCGAUUUUAGAGGCAUUGUGCAAGGCUGCUCGCUCAAGCGACGAAGAAGAGCGUGAUAUCGGAUGCCUAGCACUGCGGACCAUGAUGACAGAGGUGGCUAAGGCUGGGGAGAAAGCGACAAGCAGCAGCGAAAAGGUGGUCCAAGCGCUUGUGCCACAGCUCACAGAGCAAGUGGAAUCAACGACAGAUGGCUUACAGACGAGUGCGUUGGACUCGAUGAAUGAUUUGGUGUACCACCUCGGCAAGGUCAUCGCAGGCCAGCCAGCGUGGGAGCAAUCGGUGGCCGAAACGUGGCUGACGCACAUGGCCGACCGACGUGCUGCCGUGGUGCGCCGAGCCAUCCAAGGUCUAGGCACAUUGUCCCAUGUGUGCAGUACCUCGACCAUGUCCGCGAUGGUAACGCGAGGUCUGGCAGGGCUCCAUCCGCCCUUUACGACGGAGGCGGCGUCCGUACAACUGCUUGGCACGUUGGCUCGCGAAGUGCCUCAGCGUUUGGUACAGAAUGGAUCCCAGUAUGCCUAUGAUCUGUUGGAAGCGUUGCAGCGAGCAGAUGAAAAAGAGGACUCGGAAGACUUUCGUGAGUCGUGCCUAUCGGCUUUGCAAGCGUUGGUCCGUGGAUGUGUGAGUGAACACGAUACCUUGCAUGCCAUUUUGGAUGCAGCGGCUGCGCAAGCUACGUAUGAUCCGAACAGGAUGGAAGGCAUGGACGACGAUGGCGAUGAGGAUAUCGAUGACGACGACGACGACGAUCUCCUGGACGAAAUGUCAGACGACGACGACUUGUCGUGGCGUGUUCGUCGAAAUGCAUGCCGUCUGAUUGACGAAAUUUUUACCGACCAUGCUCACUUUGUUACCUCCUCAGCAGCCUACAUGUGUGCGACACUGGCCUCGCGUUUGAAUGAGAGAGAAGAGACCGUGCGUACAGAAGCACUCAGUGCGCUGGUCCAUGUACUCCAAGUCUCGCCGGAUGCUAUCUCGUCGCACAGCCAUAUCGUUCCGACCGUGUGUGCAUGGCGUGGCUCUACCCUGCAGCUGGCUGCAUUGGAAGCGGUGGCGCAGAUGGCAUCGAUCUUGGGCCCUUCGCUGCCCAUGCCUGAAAAAGCCUUGGAGUUGGCCCUGGGAGCAAUGAAAGAUGCCCAGCAGCAUGGACGUCCUAUGGCAGGGGCUGUGCUGUUGCGGCACCUGUGCACCUCAGUCCCGGGCGUAGUGCAGUCCCAAGCGCCGAGGGCAGCUGCGGCGUUGGCGGCGAUGAUGGCAUCGACGCACCACCGUACUGUGAUGGAAGCAUUGACCACAGCCACCAGCUUUCUGCAGUACGUGGCACCGAGCGAUCCAAGUUGCGCGUAUGAACUGUGCGACGUGGUGGGUACUCGCUUGGCACAGACAGACACAGACGCAUCGGUCCGUGAUGCCUGCUUGGUUGCCGUGGAUGUAGCACUGUGCACGCUAGCCACGGCACUGGGACCACGGAUGGAGCAGAUGCUGGCGUUAGUCUACACACGCCUCACGCAGGAGAUGACACGAGCUCGAUGCAUCCAGGUGGUACAGGAUGUAAUGACCAGCGUCUCGCUGCGUGACGUGGCAGUGGUCCAGGCCUUUGCACGUGAAUGCCUCGCGCCGUUGGCGGAAGCGACGCGACGCGCUGAUGUGGGUGUGAUGGCUCUCCACGCGCUGCACAGCAUAGCCAAGCAACUCCAACAAGAAGCGCAGCCUACGGUACUUCAAGUGCUAGCGCUGGGCAGCCCGCCAGCCGAAGCCGCUACGCUAGCGCCCACAUUGAUGCUAGCCGAGUGGGCGGUGCAGCAUGACCCACGCGUGGCACGUACGGUGGCGGACACCAUCCUGCCGUCUCUACUGCCGCAACUGGCACAGAUCUCGUCCUCGGCCCUCGAUGCGCUAUGUGCUCUGCUGACAUCGCUUGCGUCCGCCGAAGACGCCAUUGCACCUGCUCUGGUUGGCGCAUUGGAACGGGCAUGGGAGUCGCAAGGCACAGAUCGCAGUGCUCAGACGCCACGUAUGUUUGCACGAUGCCUCUGUGCGGCGGCCGUGGCCAGCGAGGCACUGCCAUCCGUCCUGGGGCGCGUCGAGGUCCUGAUCCAGUCGCCCGAGCAGGCACCACAGACGCUUGGAUACUACACGGUGGGCGAACUAGGCCGCCAAGGCAUGCUAGCGGGGUGGCCUGACGCUUCGGCGAUCUUUGCCAAAGCAAAGCAAAGCGACGUGCCAGGGCGAUUGGUCGCUAUGGGCGGUAUGCUACUAGGCGAUGCGCAAUUCCUCUCAUCGCUUUUGCACGCGAUGCGCGAAGAUGAUGGCGAGGCGGUGCAAAUCUUGCGCGAAGCAUUGCUGAUGGCCCCUGAUGCCCAAGUGCGGGAAUGGGCGCCGCAGGUAUGGCCCAGUCUCACAUCGAUGCCCCUCGCUGAGGUCGCACCAGACGCCUGUGCCGACUGCAUAGCGCGCAUCGUGCUGGAAGACCCGGCUCGGUUUGCAGAGGUGGUGCCCUUGGUGCAGGCAUCGGAGGCCAGUGUGCGUGUGAUGGCGCUGAAUGCACUGCGCUCCAUGUACUCGUUGGACCGUAUACAUACGCUGGAUGCCAUGCUUCAUGCACAUGUGGGUGUAUUUGUAGCGGCGCUGGGCGAUGCAGAUUUGCGUGUACGUCGUGCGGCUGUUAUGGCGCUGCGCGCUGGUAUCAACAGUCGUGCGGAUCUACUCUCGAUGUACUCCCAUCAGAUCCUUCCACUGCUGUACGAGGCUACGUGGGAGCGGGAAGAACUCAAGCGCAAGGUGCUUAUGGGGCCGUUCACUGUCAUUCAGGAUGACGGCUUGGAUCUGCGCAAGAAUGCAUACGAGACUCUGCUUACGUUGAUGGAUGCGCAUUGGGCCGGCCUGCAUGUCGUCGACAUGGUCCAAUGUGUCGUCCGCGCAUUGAAAGACGACGACAGUGUCAAGCUGCUAGGAUGUCUCAUGAUGGUCCGCUUGACAGACCUCGCGGGCCAAGGGCUGCUAGGUCAGGUGGAUGACGUCGUAGCGCCUUUGCAAGCGAUUCUCAGCCGUAAGCUGCGCGACAAUGCGACCAAGCAAGAAGUCGAAAAGUUCAACGAGCUCAUUCAUGCAGCGCUACGUGUGCUGGUCCACCUGGCGCCAUGCGCGUCGGCCUGCCCUGCCUUGCACGACCUGCUUGCCCAUACGCGUACCUCGGCCCAUGCGGAGACUCUCCUCCACAUGGAAGAAGACCUGCCAUAG